AUUGAGUUCAGUGGGUCUCUCAGGAAAAGACCAGUCACUUCCUGAGCAAUAAUCUGCCUGUUAGCAGCAGAUAGAUUCUCAUUGUUUGCCACUUCCACUUUCCAGUAAUGAGAACGAUUACUUGACCAAUAUCUAGCCAGUUUCUGCCGAAGUUCUGGAAAAACCUACAGCUUUUCAUAGCAAAGUUGCAUUAUUGGUUUCUUUCCAAAAAUCAAAACUUCUGUGAUGCUUUAGGACUGCAAGGCAUAACCAACCAGAGCUGAUGAUCAUUUUAUUCUGUAACUAGGUGACUGCUCUCCAGCGACAAGAUGUAUUUCGCUGUGCUGGUGAUUCUCUUACACUGUCCAAGUCUAAAAGCUCAAGACAGUGUUAUUACCAUCAACAACGUUGAACUCACUGUGCCAUCCCAAAAGGUGAAGAAUGGAAUGUCAAUUGAACUCACCUGUAUUGUGGACAUUAGCAAAAGCACCAGUUUCUGGAUGCAGCACGCUUUUUUAUUUUACAAGGAUGACAGUCUUCUGUAUAAUACCACAUCGGAGCAAGACAGAGCGCAUUACAAAAUAUUUCCAGCUCGAUUUGCAGAUUCGGGAAGCUAUAAGUGCUCUGUGCAGGCAAACGGGAAGAUUAAAAGCAGCGAUGAUUUGGAUGUUCAAGUUGAGGGGCUGUCCCAGCCAAAACUGACUGCCCUGAAAACAGAAUUAAAGGAGGGUGAAGUUGUGACUUUACGGUGUGAGGAACCAGAAGAAAAGCCUCCCUUCAUUUUCGUGUUCAAAAAACUAUUGCCCAGUCAACUGCCACAAGUGAAAAAGAAGCAAGAAUUAAAAGAAAACUUUGCAUCUGUUGAAUUUCCUGUUGAAGAGGGGGAUCGAAUAUUGCGUUUUCAAUGUAUUGCCCAGGUUAAUUCAGCAGUCGGUUCUGAAACGUCAGAGCCCAGUAACGUGACACUUGUUACAGUUGUGGAACCAUUUUCACAUCCUAAACUGACAUCCAAGUCCCCACGGAACGUUACAGAGGGAGACAAAAUUGACAUUGUGUGCACAACAAUUCUAGCCCGGGAAUAUGAAAUUGAAAUCCUCAUCCAGAAAGACAGAAGAAUACUGAACAGUGCACGCGGUCAGAAUUCUCUGACCUACUCUACAAUAGCCACAGUAGAGAACAAUGGCAAUUACACGUGCAAAGUGGAACUGGGGAGAGUGUCCAAAACCACCAGCAUGAACAUUGUUGUGGAAGAGUUGUUUGCCAAGCCAAUAUUGACUCCUUCUUUGACUGACCUAGAUGAAAAUCAGAGGUUAAGCCUGUGGUGCCAUAUUAAUGGCUCUCCUAAAGCAAACUUCUCUAUCGUAAAGAGACCUCCAGAGAACGGCAUCUUGUUGAAAACUUCCAGCAACUUCACUAUUCAAGCCCAGGUGAAUGACACCGGGUCCUAUGUUUGUAGGGCUGAGAUAAAAGGGAUCAUCAAGGAGAGUAACCCUGUACAGAUAACUGUUUACGCUCCAGUCUCUGAGCCAGUUCUUUCUGUUGCCAACUCAUCCACGGAGAUGGUGUUAGGGGAGACCCUACUCCUACGCUGUCAAUCCAUGUCUGGAACUCCACCUAUAAACUAUACGCUCUUCAGAGGAAACAGACUUAUUCACACCAUCACAGUAUUUAAUAAUACAUAUGCUGAAUUCAGGGACAGACAAACUAAAUUAAAUAAUCUGAGAGAAUACAGAUGCGAAGCUAGCAACCGUCACUCCUAUGCGAAGAGAAGUAGCUACAAGAUGAACAUCACGGUGAUAGCUCCCAUUAGGAACAUAAGCUUUGGAAGUUUACCCAAUGGGGAAGUGGAAGAUGGUGGAGAUAUCAACUUUCUCUGCAUCGUAGGUGAAGGAUCUUUGCCAAUCGACUUCAGAAUUUUUAAACAAAAUGACCAGAAACCUUUAUUUUAUGAAAGCAAAAUGGAAACCAGAGUCGUCUGGCAGAAGAAAUCAUUGAAUAAGCAGGACGCAGGGAAAUAUUUUUGCGAAGCCUCCAACCGAGCCAGGGUUACUGUGCGAAGCAACUUGCUAACCGUUAAAGUCAUCCUGGCUUCAUGGCAGAAAGGGUUUAUCGCAUUAUUUGUCUUGGCUGUAAUUGCCAUAGCAGCUUCUGGUUUCUGGUGGUACUGGCGUAAGAAGGAAAAGGGUAAACAUCCUUCCAUGGAGAUGUCUGGAUCCACAGCAGCCACUAAUUCGACUAGUGAGAAACUGGAAUCUGGACAGAACCAUCAUACAGAAUUCUAUCCUGGAUCAGGUUACAUUGAAGACAGUGAAAGUCCUGUAAAAUCAACAGGUGAAAAUAAAGGACCUGACCACGAGAGUGCUGAGGUGGAAUAUACUGAAGUUGAAGUGUCAACGUCUGAUCCUUACAAAGCUCCUGUAAAGAAGGGGACUGAUACAGUAUAUAGUGAAAUCAGAAAAGCUAAUAAUGAUUCUGGGGAAAACAGACACUCUGUGUAGAGCGAGGGGAUUUCCUGACUGUGACUAUUGGCUCGAGCCGAAGCUUGCGUUCAACUCUGCCUGUGCUCCUGACCUGUGCUAUGUAGCACCUUCAACCAGGAUAUUAGAAGACGGGCCGACUGGCAGGAUUGUUGAUGGAGACUGUGACGUUCUAAACAAAUAUUAAUGGAAAGCAAAUGCUGACAUUAUUACGAUCAUCCAGUCAGGGAACCGGAGCAACGCCAUGUGGUGUAAGAGCCCAGCCAAACUAACCAUUGCAGCUCAAAUUUAAUGGACAAUCUACCAGUCAAGGAAUGAUACGAUGAAUAGCUUUGAACACCAAACUAAUCAGAGGAAAAGCCAAUUUGUGGAGAGAAUGAGUGGCUAAAUGCCUCAAAUGAAUGAUCACUUGGCUCUGCUGAAAUGCAAAAGACGAAGUACAAGCACUCCAGAAAUAAUGAUAUUAACGUUAUUGAAAAAAUACUUUCCGACUAUGCCCCCAGGGUGCUGUUCGGUAAUAUCAUGGUUAUUAAUUAUUAUUACUAGUGCUGUUGUGUUAGCACCCAAAAUGGGCCGGGCACUGGGUAAACACACAGGAAGAGACAGUCCCUGCCCUGAUAUAUUUAUAAUCUGAUUUUAAAAGAAUAAUUGAGAAGCACACAAUGAAAACCAUACUAUGAUCAAACCUGCCCCCAUAAGACUAGAGAGAGUAAGAGAAAGAGAGGAGGAUCCUAUCCAGAGGCUAAACUCUGAGGUCUUUUGCUCAGUCCUUACUCAGACAAAAUCCUGAUUAUAGUCCUCUAGGAUUUGAUUUCAAGAACAGGGAGUUUUCAAAGGUAACUCUUGAAAAAGAAAAGGAGGGAGGAACUGCCACAUAUUGAGGGACACUGCAGAGGCCCAGUUGCCUCCUGGUCUUAGACAAGAUGGUUGGAUCCCUAAAAGGCAGCUGGUAGAGCUCAGAUACCUGUUGGGACAAGGUUGGAGGCAGUCUCAAGGGUAGGCAGGGCCAGCCCCAGUCUCAGAGGAAGUGUGCCUGUAGGUAUAAGAUCCCUCCCACAAAGCAGGGCGGGAGUGUAUUUUUCCUGCCACUUAUUUUAUAUGACUCGGGAGCAUUUGCUUAAAAAAAAGCAACUGUAGCAAAUAGGAGACUUGUAAAUAACAAUCACAGUAGCACUCUCUCUCUCAGCUAACAAUACACAUUCAGGCCUGGUCUACAUUACAGAGUUAGGUCGUCAUAAGCUGCCUUACGUCCACCUAACUCUGUAAGCGUCUACACUAAAAUGUAGCUCCCAUCGAUGUAACUCACCCGCUACACCGACUUCAUAACUCCACCUCCGGGAGAGGCGUAGCGCUUAGGUCAAUGUAGAUAGGUUGACGCAGUGUUAGUGUAGACAUUGCGUUGCUUACAUUGACUGUUUGUUACCUUUCAGAAGCUGUCCCACAGUGCCCCACACUGACAGUUAACUCUGUGCAAGUGCUCCUGGUGAGGACAUGCACUGCCGACAUAAGGAGCGUAGGCCGGAAAUGGAAAAGUGAUUUAAUUACUGCGGUGGCUGUAUGUCGACAUGACUUAGGUUGACUUAAUUUUGUAGUGUAGACUUGCUCUCCGGCUCUGAAAGGCAGGGGCCUCCACCUUCCAUCAGCACUCAAGUCCACAUGGGAUACAAAAGAAAACCUCUGUAUUAUUUACAGUCCAUUGGCAGAACAUUGAAGGUCAUGGAGUGUGUUACAAUAAACAGGUGGAUUUUAAUAGGCAAAUAGGGUUUAUUUUUCAUUGUCAUCUAAAGGUUUGGGGUUUUAGUUUGCUCUCUAUCUCCUAAAAAUAAAUCAAGCCUAGUUCUCCACCCAGUUGCAAGGAUGCAACCUCAUGGUGUCACAGAGGAGAAUUUUUUUUUUUUUUAAAUCUGUCGUCGGGAUAAAGGCUGAGUAUACACAGGAGAAGGUGGAGAGAAGUAACUGCAGCAAACAGCUGGUGUGGACCUGAAUGGGAGGCAUUGUCCUUUCUCAGUGCUCUGGAUUGCCUGUUGGAGCCAAGGCUGCAUAUCUUCUGCACCCUUGGACUUCAGUAAGAGGUUCUGGGCAUGCAGCAUUGAGGCCUUUGUUUGCACCCUUAUCCAUAACUGCUACAUCAAGCAGAGUUCCACAUACACUCUAGCUGCUAACGUGAACUGAGCCCUUGCUGUAUAGAACUUACACAGAUAUUUCCCAAUGCUUGUAAGGUACAGAGUAAGUGAGCCAGGAGACAGUCAGUCCUCCUGGGUUCUGUGGCCAGCUCUGUCAUUGACUUGUCUGGCCUUGACCCAAUCAUUGAUCACUAUUUUACAGUUGGGCAAAAGGAAUUUAAUAUCUCCCUCACAAGAGUGCUGAGUGGCUUCAUUAAUUCAUGUUUGCAAAGCACUCUGAGAUCUUUGGAUGAAAGGUGCUAUUGAUGUGCCAUCAUUAUGAUAACUGAUAAUUUUGAUGAUUUUUUCUAUUACCAAAAUUGAGUCUAGAAGCCAUUACCUGGAGCCAUAUAGAGGCUGCUUUGGUUCUUGAAUGGGCUGCAGUGUAAACACCUCAGCACCCUAUGUAAAUAAUUUUGGCUUUAAUUAAUUGGACCCUGACAUUUUACCAUCUCCUGGCAAACUAGAUGAGAGGAGUUGGAUUUAGGGCUGCAUUUUCCUUGCUUGCAUAAAUUCCUGUUUGCAGCUGGAGAGUAGUAAUAAGAUCUCCUGUAAAAUUCAACCGACUGUCACAAACAUUUUUAGUUUCUCAUUAAUACACAAAAGAAAAACCUGCUUUGGAAUAAGCUGUGCAUGUUACCUGACUUUUCCCCAGCGAUAUGCCCUUGGGGUUCACAUGGACAGCACACAGAUGUGCAGGAUCAGGAUGUGCAUGUACCACUAAACGUAACCUCUGAGGGUGAGCACGAUACUUCCCAGGAAAUGGCACUUGUGCAAUACACAGGCAUCCCCUAGAAACUCUGACAUAACGUUAUCGGACAGGAAACACCCUGCUAGGCAUCCCUGUUGCAGUUAAAUACUGUAACUUCUCCUGAUUAAAUAGCUAUUUGAAUCACCAGGGCUUGUGCGGACAGGGCCCAGGUCUGCUCACAGGGCCAACUCUGGAUUAAAAAGCACCAUCAGGUCUUUGUUCUUUUGCCUGCUGAUCAGGAGCAAUCCAGAGUGUUUCUUUAUCUUCACAUAAAUGAGCCACAGUGGGGAUCAGAAAGUGAAUUUCCUCGUGGGUUUUUUCUUUUCUUUUCUUUUCUUUUUCUUUUCUUUUUUUUUCAACAUUGCUCAGGCAACGUAAAAGUGCAAAGAGAAAAGAGAUGGAGAGACUCUGGCUGUGCCUUCUCUUCUCGUUUUAUUGAAGUACUUCUCUUCUGUAGCUUAUUUUCCUGCAGCACUAUGCUCUGCCAUGCCUCACAGGUAGAGUCCGACCGAGGGGAGUUGCUGACCCUGCCUAUCAAAGCAAAAAGAGUCCUAAUAACAUGAUCAAGUGGCUUAACCUUCCUUUCCAGGCAGUUUUCUACUUUAGAAGUCUGGAGAAGAUCUUGGGGGAGGUGGAAGAUCUCUCUGCAGGGGAGACUAGCCCUGCUGCUGCUCUUGCUGCCCCUGAUGUGUGGAUAGAGGCCUUUGGUCUCCAGGCCUGACACUGUGGCAUCCUAAUCAAAGGGAACAUGUUCAGGAAAGAAAGUAAUGCCCAGAUAGCAGGUUUCCUGGCUAUAGCUACAUGUCAGAGUGUAGGUCUUGAAAAGAAGGGCUUGUCUACACUACCUGUCGAAUCAGCAGGCAGCGAUUGAUCCAGUGGGGGCCCAUUUAUCACAUCUAGUAUAGACGCGAUAAAUCGACUGCUGAGCACUCUCCCGUCGACUUCGGUACUCCACCAGAAUGAGAAGCGCAAGUGGAGUUGACGGGAGAGCGUCAGCUGUCGAAUUACCGCAGUGAAGACACCGCGGUAAGUUGAUCUAAGUACGUCGACUUCAGCCACGCUAUUCACAUAGCUGAAGUAGCGUCUCUUAGAUCGACCCCACCCGGUAGUGUAGACAAGCCCGAAGACUCAUGAUUCGACAUUUUCAUGGAGAUAAUAUGACACAGUGGGGAUUUUUGUGGCAAUACACCAUACAAAUGUAUUGGGGGGGACAGAUGGGAGUAAGGACUGUGGGACUGAACCCCUAUUUGGAGUCUGGGUUUCAGAGGUGUGGGCACAUGCCUUCCUUUUGACUUCAGCAACGGUUGUGGGUGCUUGAAAUCUGACCCUUGGUGUGUGCUUCUUACUUCAAAUUCAAGUAAUGCUGUCCCGCUUGCUUCUAAUAAACCUAUUAAAUUAUGAUGUUCUGCGUUAAUGGUGAGGAAGUCAUAAGGCAAAGCCAAGAACUGCUGCGUUGAAGAAAAAAAAAAUGAAGAAAACAGCUUUAUAAUGAGCUCUCCCCCCUCCAUUACGCCAACCUCAGCCCCUAAGAAUUUGUGUCACUGUCAGAAUAAGUCUAAUCCAGCAUGAAAACAAUGAAGAACUUUGCUCCCUCCACGCUGUGUGAGGCCACGAUAAAAGUGAGCCCAGUGCUUUAAAAAAUGCCACACAUUGGCAACUACAUUGACAUUACACAGAUUCACGGUAAGGUUUUGAUCUCAUUUAAGUCAACGUGUUAGACAAAUCCAGUCGAGGCCUGAAUUAUUUAAAUAGGUUAAAAUCAAAUUGCAGUCCAAGUUCUGAUUAGAGAGGGGCACAGACCAAAGUAACCUGGGCCUGAACACGUUGGACUUGAGGAAUAUUCAGAACUAGAUCCAAACUUUGGGCUUGUGGCCUCUUCUCUGUUUCUUGUCUGCUACAGGAUUUUAGAUCUUAAGUUCCAUCCAUAGGAAGUGUUUGCAAAAGAAAUGGAUGUCUUUGAAUUUUUUUUUACCUAAAGUGUCUGGAGUAAAUUAAUUGAAUUACUAAGAGAGGAACUGGGAGGAGGUUUCCUUCCUGGAAUCAGAGCUGGCAAUCUUUCUAAGUUAUUUAAUGGUCUUAGUUUCUGAAAACAUAUUGAAGGAAAUAUCUUAACAAUGAGAUAGCCACUUCGCCAAAUACUAAUUUGGUAUUGUGCUGGAUUUGCUGCAGCCAUACAUUCUGACUUCAUAUUCUCCCCUGUCAUUUUUACUUGUUUGUUUGUUUUAUUUUGUCCUGGUGGUGAACGUGGACUGAUUAGCAUCACUUAGGACACAUUGUACUUUCAGGUGUACAUUUGUACUAAUACAGAAUGUACCAUCCUGGAGACAAAUGUCUCCAAUUCUCCACCCACUUGCAGAACUGAAAAUCUGGCCACUUAUUUAUUAGUCAGUGCCCAAACAUAGAUUUAGGUGCUUAACUAUAGGCAAGCAGUUUGAAAAUGUUAGCGUAAAUAUCAUGGUGUCUAUUUCCUCUCUGUACCAUGGAGAUGUUGAAUGACUUUGAAGAGGAGACAUGAUGAUUGUUUAGCUUAUUGUGCAGCUCUUGGAAGAGUUGUUGUUAUAUUUCAUCUCUUUAUGCAAUUUCAUUGAUCCAAGAGUUUUUUUUAAAAUUAUGCUUAUUAGCUUUUUUUCCCCUCCUCAUUGCUAAUAGAGAAUAGAAGGUUCUCCUGAUGCCACUUAACAGAGUCAUCGGAAACAUCAACUGCUGGGAGACAAAAACAAGAUGCGAGAUGAUGUGCCUGUUUCAAAAGCUCUAUGGCACUUAUUUAUGAACCUGCCAGGCUCCUCUCUUCAAUGUUCAUUUCCUCAGGGUGAACAACAGGGACAUUCCUAAAGCAUGUAAUUUUAAAAAAUUAUGAAUAAAGAUUCAAAUGGGAAAGUGCCUAUGGAAACCAAGGACCAAUAUCCCCCACAUGGUUCAUUUCUCUCACUAAAAGAGUUUUGUUUCUCUAUCCUCCAUUUCAUCCUGCUCUGGGGAGGUGGGAGCAUAGAGUAAGAGUACAUUCUGGGCUUUUUUAAAACUUAAUAACUGUACAGAGUUUCAGAACUUUACCAAGUGCCUACAUUAUUAGAAACACAAAUAUUCCUUGUUCUUUGUUAAAUCACUUCUUGUAUCUAAAAGGUUCACUGCUCAUUUUGCUGGUUGGCAUAUUGGUUCUUUCUCAAAAGAAUGACUGCACAUCACAGUCCAGAUUAGACAAAAUAUAGAUCACAGAUGUUGGGUCCCGGGUCAACAGAUUUGGGCCUGAAGCUAAACCCUUUUCCAAAUCCUAUCCCCAAACUUCAUUAAAGUUCAGAAGCUUAUUUGGGUCCAGAUUGUAACCUCAUACCUGUCCCUACUUUAUCUCUACAAUAUGCCAAACCAACACCUUGCUUCCGUGCUUUUGAAGAUCAGCACCACAUUCAGAUUCCAUCGUGGUGGCUGUUCCCUGUUUCAAUAACAGGCUCAAAGAAAGCCGUGGAUCCAAACACUCCAGGACUUUGGAGAAGUUUGGAUCCAGAUCAGAACUUUGCAGUUCAUACUAAUCUCAGGUUUAUUGAUGCAAAGAAAAUCCAAACAAACAAAAACCCCAAACAGAGAUUUUUUUUUUCAGACUGUAAAGUGGGUCCCGAUCCUGCAAUCUGUUCCCAUGUAUCACUGCAGAUUCAAUUGCAGGAUCAGGGACAUAGAUAAGAAGGCUCUUGUUUUAAAUGACAAAUAGCAUUUAAAAUAAUUAAACCAACAAGGAUCUAAGUCAUUCUUACAGAGAGAUGACAUAUGGACUCAUAUAUAUAUUUACUGCUUUAAGCUCUAUAUCAAAGGCUCUGGAACAGAAAAGAUAUGUAUCUCCUUUAAAAGCAAAGGAUUUCUUCCCUCCUUCCCCCCCAGCUUAAACUGUUCAGUUUCUUACCGACUAGUAUCUUUUUAAUUUAUUUUUCCCUAGGAAAAGGUUGCUUGUAUCAUAAAACAUUUAAACCUUUCACAGACAACAACGGGGUUUGUAGCACAUCUCUGUUGGCAAAUAUACAUUCGAGCAUCCCAUCAACCCUCCCACCCCCUCAAUAAAAUGUUAUUACAGUGAAUUUGGAAUUUGGAAAAGGUAUUUUAAUAAAGAAAUCUUUGAACUUAA